AACACACUUUGGCGCUCGAUUCGUACAAUUAGGAGCACCCCUUCUCUGAUAUAUUUUAGUAACAGGGACCCUAAACCUACUGAAAUAGACGCAAAGCAUUUUGUUUUUUCUUUUUCCUUGUAUCUAAGAUCUCUCGUCUCCUUCGCCAUUUUGCUCCCCAAUUCGUCGAUCGGAGUCCCUGCGUCGUCGAAUCUCCGCUGGAUCGCGGAAUCUCCCAAUCUCCUCCGUGUUCGAACCUUCUCCCCUCUCUUCCCCCAUGAUUUCCUCUUUUUUUUUCCCCUCCUUUUUGUGCAUUUUUUUCAUAUUUAUCGUAGAUUUGAGGCGAUUUAUUUCACCCCGAUUCUAGAGAAACACUAACGUAUUUGUUGAUUCAUUGUAGAAUGGUGGUUUCAUUAAUCUCCAUUCAUUUUCUAAAGUUCAGCAGAGUAAAUUGAUGUGCCGACAAUUGUUAUGCUCUCUUUGUUUAUAAGGAGAUAGGUCAUUUCAGAAUUGAAGACCGAGUCAAGAUGCAUCUUGAAGAUAUUUAGACGAGAGAAUUCUACUGUCGCAUGAGCCAGAUGAUCAGCGGCAAUGUUAUUGACUGUAGAAGGAGGAGGAUUUUUCUCUUCUUCGGCUUCGGGGUAUAGAAGCGGCCUUUCUCUUCUGCUCUUAGGUCGGAGGAGAGAAGAAGGACAAAUGAGAGUUCUGCCAUGGACUCAGAACCAAUUCGUAGAGCGAGAAGUUGACCCUAACCUUCACCUGGCUUCGAGGAGAAGCCCAACCUCCUACAGAUGUUCUUCCUUUACUUGCUUUCGGCACAUUUCGACAGUCACAGAGGGCCCCAAUCUGCCUAAAGUGGGUCCCUUAUGCCGAUCUGUAUCUCUCCCUGAUUCUGCUUCUGCUUCUGCUUCUCAGAGAAGCAAUGACUCCUCAACCAGUGAGAUGGAAAGGGCGAUACCUCCUAAGAGUAUUCUUAAGAGGUCAUCUACUGAUUGUUCUGCGUUAGUCGGUCAAGCUACUGAUGCACUUGGCCUGACGAGAGAGGAGCAGGAUAAUGUAUCUAUUUGCAUUGAGAGGAGGAAAGUGCACUGGACAGAUAAGUGCGGAAAGGAGCUUGCGGAGAUAAGGGAAUUUGAGCUCAGUGACAUGGACCCAUUUGAUGAUGACAGUGGUCGUGGCACUGAAAGAAGAUGCGGAUGUAUUAUCCAGUAAAAUGUUAUCUUCUGUACAGAUGGACGGUCGCAGAUUCAUCUCGGAAUCAUAACCGUCUUUUAAUUAAACGUCGGAAACUAUCAAUUAUCAGCUGGUUCUUCACUGACAUCUUCAACUUACUCUGUAUAGCUUGGUUUGGGCAUUGACUCUUCGCUGCUUUUGUGACAUCCUUUUCUUCGUACCAAUGAAGAUGUGUUGAACUUUUAGAAUGUAUUAUGAAUCCAGUUUUUUCUUCUGACAUGUCACUAGUGAUGCUCGCAUCGCGUUGUGUGUAAUCUCAUGUAAUAUUUAUAGCUGAAAAUGUAAUCUUUUGCUAGUCCUGUCUCA